AUGGCGUUUGACAUGAACAUAGAAGGGGAAUCCUUCUCAAUUUAUCUGAAGCAACAAGCCUUUAUAUCCAAUUAUUUCAGAGUUUAUACAUACAACAAAGAUGAUAUGCCCGUGUCAUUUGUCCCUUCCAAUCAGCGGGAUUGCUAUUAUCAAGGCUAUGUAGACGGUCACACGGAUUCGAUUGUGAUGCUCAGUUCCUGCUCAGGUCUCAGUGGGCUGAUACAGAUUCGGAACACCAGCUACGGAAUUGAGCCAAUCGAGUCGGCCUCUGGUUUCCACCAUCUUGUUUUUCGGAUAGAUUACAAUGAUACGGGCCUUCAGUUUUCGAAGCAGAAUUAUUCCAUUAAAUGGACUACCGCAAUUAACUUUGCCACCCUCAAAUAUGUGGAAAUGCACGUCGUUGUGACCAAAUCUCUGUAUGAUUAUAUGGGCUCCAAUGAAGAUGUGGUCACCGGGAAGAUCAUGCAGCUUAUGAAUUUUAUCAAUACGAUGUUUUUCAAGCUGAACAUGAAGCUUAUCUUGUCCUCGUUAGAAUUAUGGAUAAACGGAGACAAAAUCCCCACCACAGGAAGCGCCGCCACGUUGCUGGAGAAGUUUCUGAACUGGAAAAACGAACACCUGGCGCUGCGGCCUCACGAUACGGCUUUCUUAUUUGUUUAUAGGAACAAGGCGGAUUCGGUGGGGUCAACAUUUGCCAAAAAGAUGUGCUCUAAACCCAGUUCUGCUGGAAUUGCCAUGUUUCAAAACGGGAUGACCUUGGAAGCCUUCUCAGUUAUAGUGGCACAGCUGCUCGGCUUUAGCAUCGGAUUGUAUUUUGAUGACACCAGAGAAUGUCAUUGUUCGGGGACAGUCUGCCUGAUGAACACCAGAGCAGCACAGUCCAGUGGCAUUAAGUCCUUCAGUAGUUGCAGUGUCAAAGAUUUCCAGAAUUUCCUGAACUCUGCAUGGUCGCAAUGUCUUCAGAACAAGCCAAAGUUUGAUAUCUCCUACCGAGCACCCCUCUGUGGCAACCAAGUGGUCGAAGACGGGGAGCAAUGUGACUGUGGCACAGUGAAGGAAUGUGAAAGCCAUCCUUGCUGUGAGUCGGAUUGUACCUUGAAAGCAGGGAUGCAGUGCGCCCAAGGAGACUGUUGCUUGCUGGGAACCUGCAGGCUGAAGGGCAAAGGCACUUUAUGCAGAGAGUUGGAGGACCCGGAUUGUGAUCUCAAAGAGUUUUGCAACGGUACCUCGGCCGAAUGCUCGGAAAACCAUUACGUGGAGGAUGGGCACUGGUGCGAACACCGAACCGGGAUUUGCAUGCAAGGAAGGUGCCAGAGCGCGGAUCGAUGGUGCCGGAAAAUAUUCGGACAACAAUCGAAAAGUGGCUCCCUUCAAUGCUACGAAGAAAUUAACAGUCAAAAGGACCGGAUGGGCCACUGCGGUUCGACUGCAAGAGGAUACCAGGACUGUCAGUGGCAAGACCUGAGGUGUGGAAAAUUGGUUUGCGACUAUCCGAACAGAGUCCCGUUCUUCUUGGAAAACGCCGCCAUCAUUUACGCCAAAGUGCAGAAUCGCUUAUGCGUCACUUUAGAUUACUUGAAGGGGCCGGGAAUAAAAGAUCCAUUUCUGAUUCACGACGGUACCGUCUGCGGAGAAAACAAGGUUUGCAUGAAUCAGAAAUGCGUAGAUCGAGCCGUAAUCAGAACAACCUGUGAUGCAGAAAUAAAGUGCCAUGGGAAAGGAAAGUGCAACAACAAAGGCAAUUGUCACUGCAACGUAGGCUGGGCUCCCCCUGACUGCGACGUACCAGACGAAGGAGGCUUAGGCGGAAGCAUCGAUAGCACUUUCCGAAGCGUUUUAGUCCGGAGCAAUAACCAGCCCAAACCGUUUUCAACCAGAAACUGGCUUCUCGUGGGUUUCUUUGUCUUUCUGCCUGUUGUGAUUGGCGCCAUCAUCUUGGCCAUCAAACUGAGACAAGCUUUGUUACACCCCAGUGUGGAGGAGGAAAAAGACGAGGAAGAAGAAUACGAUACAGAGGGGUAA